AGCUUACAAAAGCAUCAAAAUGAAGUAAUAGUGCUUUAUUUCCUGCAGAGUCUAUUUAAACUCCAUUUUACUUGAGUUGAGUGUAACGAAACUCUCCUCCUCGUGCGUUGUCGUAAUCAACACAUAACACAAUUUUCAGUGACAAUUAACCACAAAGAGCGGCCAAAGCUUCGCAUUCAGAGCCACCUUCUAUCAACCCAUAUCAAUGGUUUUUUGAAUGGUGUGAAAAUUAUGUACUACGACACACUAAUCUUUCACAAAGUUGAGCAAUUCUAAGAGUUUUUAAAAACUUUGUGUUGUCUUUUCUAUUUUCUACUUAUGGCUUUACUUAAACUCUUCAAAAGGAUGCUAUUUCUAGUUAAAACCCCUUUUAUGUCUUUGCUUUGGUAGCAAAAAGUAAGAAAAGAGAAGUUGUAGUUUCUUUCCUCCUUUUUUUUAUAUAUACACUAAGUUCUUAUAGAAGUGAAAAAUGGAGGAGAAAAAUAAUGAGGUUGAUAAAGUUGAAGAUGUUAUAUUACCAGGAUUUAGAUUUCAUCCAACUGAUGAAGAACUUGUUGGGUUUUACCUCAAAAGGAAGAUUCUUCAACAAUCUUUACCUAUUGAGCUUAUUAAGCAAGUUGAUAUCUACAAAUACGACCCAUGGGAUCUUCCUAAGUUGGCAUCAACUGGGGAGAAAGAGUGGUACUUCUACUGUCCAAGAGAUAGGAAAUACAGAAACAGCACGAGGCCUAAUAGAGUAACGUGUGCCGGUUUCUGGAAGGCGACCGGAACUGAUAGGCCGAUAUAUUCUUCUGAUGGAGCAAAGUGUAUAGGUUUGAAGAAGUCUCUUGUGUUUUACAGAGGUAGAGCUGCUAAAGGGAUCAAGACUGAUUGGAUGAUGCAUGAAUUUCGUUUACCUUCUCUUGCUGAUGCAUCCCCGCCUAAGAAGUUUUAUGAUAAAAGUUACCCUGCAAAUGAUUCAUGGGCAAUUUGUAGAAUAUUCAAGAAAACAAACACCAUGGCACAAAGAGCUCUUUCACACUCUUGGGUAUCCCAACUACCAGAAACAACUACUACUACAACUACUGACAUGUUUAAUCAAGGUUCAAAUAUCAUUACUUCACAAUUUAGUCCGGAAAAUAAUAUAUCAUGCACAACAGAAGCUGUACAAUUAUGCAACAACACUGACUUACAACAACAUAAUACAACUUCUUCGCCCGCAAAUUGUUUCUCCACCCUUGAUCAGUACAAACACAUUGCUAAUCCGACGGUCUCUAAACUAUCUGUUAUCCCAACUUCCUUCACAGACUUCCCAAAUAACUUGAUCUUUCCAACAGCAGAAGUAUCUGCCAUGCUUCUGAAUCUUUCCCCUGUUUUCACCUCAGAUGUUGCUAAAAUCACAGAUACUAUCGAGUUUGGUGGGUCACAGCAGCUGUUUAAUGGUUUUCCUAUGAGUUUAUCGCCAAAUAUUGAAGCAGAAGAUCAGUUAAGCUUCAGGAAGAGCCAUAAUCAACAAUGGAAUAGCAUCAGAUCACUUGGAUUUCCUUUCAAUUUACCGCCUUCAAUCUCAAACUCGGGUACUUUGUCAUGGGACUCGGCUCCUUGUCCUAGCGAGUUGUCCACGAGUUAUUCCUCGAACAAAUGUUAUAGGUAGAUCGUCAGAGAGGAUUCUAAUUGUAGGAGAUCUAGUUAGUUUAAUUCUAGGUGCUUAAGUUAGAUCAGCUGUAGGAGAAUGUAGGACGUAGAGUGCAGCUAAUCCUUUAAUUAUUACUUUAAGGUAAUUUUGAUGUUAAUUUUUUAUGCAGAAGUUCCAACUUUCUUAUCUCCAAUUUUCUUUGAGACUCUCAACCAUUGAGACGUCUUGGGAGUAAGAUAUGCUCAUAGAGGAAAAUAGCAUUAGUGUU